GUGCAAUUUUUCUAUACCUAAUCGCCUACAUUGCUGAGUUGGCUUACUUUGUUGCAUUUAUCUUUCGUAAUCAAUUAUUUUCCAAAAAUGUCAAAGAAAAGGGGUGGAAAAAAAAACCAAGAUUUCGAUGACGAUCUCGAGGAAAAGACUACUGUAGGCAACAAUAUUUCUGAAAUAACCUCAAAAGCAAAGGGUAAAGGUAAAAAAAAAGCCAAGGGUAAAGCUGAGUUCAGUGACAGUGACGAGGGCGGUAGAGGAGACCUCAAGGCCCAUUUGAGCGAUGAAGAGGUUCGCCAGCCUGCCAUGAAGAAAUCGCAGAAGAAAGGUAAGAAUAAGAAGAAAGGAGCCGAAUCAGAGGAUGAAGAAGAUGACGGAAAGUCAGUAACCAGUAGUGCAACCAGCACCUCAAAGACUCCUAGCAAAGGAGGUAAAAAGAAAAAAGGCAAAGGUAAAAAAGAUGAUGACUGGUCAGAUGGAGCAAGUGAAGUUGAAUUCAAAGAAGAAGUAUCGGAGGAUGAAAUUGCUAAACCUGUAGCUAGUAAAAAGAAAACCAAAAAUAAAAAGAAAGAAAAAGCUAUAGAGUCUUCUGAUGAUGAAGAACAGGAGGAUACAAAGUCAGUUGUCAGCAAUGUAUCCAGUAAUACAUCAAAGCCUUCAGCCAAGAGUAAUAGGAAAAAAGGUAAGAAAGAGGAGUUGCCAGUCGACGAAAGUGAGGAGGAACAAAAAGAUCCUCCCGAUGAAGAAGUAUUGCCUGCUAAGAAAAAGGGUAGCCACAAAAGCAAAACGCCUGUAGAUGAUGUGGAGGAAGAAAUCAAAAAACUAAAUCUGAAAGAGUCUUUGCCAGAAUUUGAAAAGCCUAAACAGUCUAAGGGCAAAACAGAGGAUGGCAGUGAUGCUUCAGGAGAUGAAGACAGUAAGGCUUCUGGAGGCAAAACGGAGGCCGCGGAGAAGAAAUUGAGCCACAAAGAGAAGAAGAAACUGAAGAAGAUGCAAGAAUACGAGAAGCAGAUGGAGAUGAUGACCAAGAAGGGCGGGCAGGGCCACAGCGAGCUGGACGCCAACUUCACCGUCAGCCAGGCGCACAAAUCUGCUGGUCAGAUGGCAGCGCUGGAGAACGCAGUGGACAUCAAAGUAGAAAACUUCUCCAUAGCAGCUAAGGGGAAAGAUCUGUUCGUGAACGCGAACCUGCUGAUCGCUCACGGCCGUCGCUACGGUCUCGUGGGGCCGAACGGGCACGGCAAGACCACGCUGCUGCGGCAUCUGGCCCAGCGCGCCUUCCCGCUCCCUCCCCAUAUAGACAUACUGCUGUGCGAGCAGGAGGUCACUGCUAACGAUAUGAGCGCCGUGGAAACUAUAUUGGAAGCAGACGUUAAGAGGACUGAACUACUCAAGGAGUGCAAAGAGUUGGAAGCUGAAACCGAGAAAGGAAAUCUCAGCAAGCAAGAAAGAUUAAAUGAGGUGUACGCGGAGCUGAAGGCGAUCGGCGCGGACUCCGCGGAGCCGCGCGCGCGGCGCAUCCUCGCCGGCCUGGGCUUCAGCCGCGAGAUGCAGGACCGCGCUACCAAGAACUUCUCCGGCGGCUGGCGCAUGAGGGUCUCGCUGGCGAGAGCUCUCUACAUCGAGCCUACGCUGUUAAUGCUCGACGAGCCCACGAACCACUUGGAUCUCAACGCUGUCAUUUGGCUCGACAACUACCUCCAAGGCUGGAAGAAGACGCUGCUGGUGGUGUCUCACGACCAGUCGUUCCUCGACAACGUGUGCAACGAGAUCAUCCACCUCGACCAGCAGAAGCUGUUCUACUACAAGGGCAACUACUCCAUGUUCAAGAAGAUGUACGCGCAGAAGAGGAAGGAGCAAAUCAAGGAGUACGAGAAACAGGAGAAGAGGCUGAAGGACCUGAAGGCGCAUGGACAGUCUAAGAAACAGGCCGAAAAGAAACAGAAAGACGCGUUAACACGCAAGCAAGAAAAGAACAGAAGCAAGACGCAACGCGAAGAGGAGGAGUCAGCGGUGCCCGUGACAUUGCUGCAGAGGCCCAAGGAGUAUCUCGUCAAGUUCUUGUUCCCCGACCCCCCGCCGCUUCAGCCGCCCAUCCUGGGGCUGCACAACGUGGACUUCAACUUCCCCGGUCAUAAGCCGCUGUUCAAGCAGGUGGACUUCGGUAUAGACUUGAACUCGCGUGUGGCUAUCGUCGGUCCCAACGGCGUGGGCAAGUCCACCUUCCUCAAGCUGCUGGUGGGCGAGCUGAGCCCUGUCCGCGGCGAGCUCAUUAGGAACCACAGGCUGAGGAUAGGCAGGUUCGACCAGCACUCGGGCGAGCACCUGACGGCGGAGGAGACGCCCGUCGAGUACCUGCAGCGGCUGUUCGGGCUGCAGUACGAGAAGGCGCGCAAGGCGCUCGGCACCUUCGGGCUGGCCAGCCACGCGCACACCAUCAAGAUGAAGGACCUCAGCGGCGGCCAGAAGGCCAGGGUGGCGUUGGCCGAGCUCACCAACAUGGCGCCCGACGUUGUCAUUCUUGACGAGCCAACGAACAACUUGGACAUCGAGAGCAUAGACGCGCUGGCGGAGGCCAUCAACAACUACAAUGGCGGCGUGGUGAUCGUGUCCCACGACGAGCGGCUCAUCAGGGAGACGGACUGCGCGCUCUACGUGAUCGAGGACCAGACCAUCAAUGAGGUUGACGGUGACUUCGAUGACUACCGCAAGGAACUGCUGGAGAGUCUCGGCGAGACCAUCAACUCGCCCUCCAUCGCCGCCAACGCCGCCGUGGCACAGUAAACCUAUCACGGAUUUGUCUAAAAAUCUUUUUACUAACCUAAAAAAUAUGUAUAUUAUUUUAUUUCGAAUAUUAUUCCCCAGGCGUUGGCGCCUAAACUUACACAUAUUUUUGGACGUGACUGUGAAAUGGUGCUCAUAUAAUCAAAGUUUGAAGUAACCAGAAAGUGAAAUUGUAAUAAGACUAAUAGAAAAAUGUCGUGAUAACUGAA